CUAUUCUACCCAACCAAUAUGUGGUGCUUUAAGAAUUUAAGAUUUGUAUUGAAUCUCCAACCAUCUUUGUAGCGACUAGAUUUACCUUGAGGCAGAUGGAUGACUUGAACGAGCUUACGACGCGGUAUACCCGUUUUCGGUUCGGGGAUAACGGCAAAUUACACAACAUGGCAGUGAUCAAUAAUAUAAGCAGUGAAAGGUUCCUCCAGUACUACUGUUCCACAAGCUCCAGUCAAAAGCAAACUGUUUCAUUAUAUUGGGAGUCUACAUCGUCUACUAUCGUUUCAAUUACCACCCAAACGCCCAUAAUAUCAAGCAAAACAUGGCACCUAUGAAAAUCCUCGUCAGCGGUGGAGGCAUUGCCGGCAAUGCAGUAGCCUUUUGGCUGUCAAAGCUCGGUCACGAAGUCACCGUUGUCGAACGGUUCUCAAGCCUACGAAUCACAGGACUCCAGAUCGACCUCCGCCUCCACGGGAUUGAGGUCUUGAAACGCAUGGGUCUCGAUGAGGCUUUCCGUGCCAACGCCGCUCCAGAGCAGGGCAUUCAGGUAGUCGACAAGUCGGGCAGACGGCGCGGCUACUUCCCAGCGAAUACGUCUGGCAAAGGAACUCAGAAUUUCACUAGCGAGUAUGAGAUUAUGAGAGGGGAUCUUUGUCGUAUUAUGCACGAUGUUACCAAGGAUCGAGUCGAGUAUAUCUUCGGAACGUCGAUCGAAAGCUUCGAGGAGACGGAUGGCGCCGUUGAGGUUAGGUUUGCGGACGGCAAGACGGGAAGGUAUGAUCUCUUGAUUGGUGCCGAUGGCCAGGGAUCGCGAACACGCAGGAUGAUGCUCGGACCCGGUGCCGCGGAUCCGUUCGUCCCCAUUGGCGAUGGGGAAUACAUCGCAUACUUCACUAUCCCUCGGCCGAUGCGUGAAGGGGAGGGGUACAUGGCCACUUUCUACCUCGCUACCAGAAAUAGAUGGGUGUUGACUCGACGGAGCAAUUCGAAGGAGAUACAGGUCUACCUGGCCUGCAAGCUUGAUGCAGGGAAACUCAGAACUGCUUAUCAGGAAGGUGUCGAAGAGGAGAAGGCGGCCUUGGCAGAGGUUUUCAAAGGCGCUGGGUGGCAGCUGGAUGAGAUCUUGGAGUCUCUCAAAGACACCGACAACUUCUAUGGCGAUGAACUAGGUAUUGUCAAGAUGGAGUCUUGGUCGCGCGGCCGUGUAACUCUUCUUGGAGAUGCCGGGUUUUGCCCGUCAGUAAAUACGGGAAUGGGCACUACCAGUGCCAUGGUGGGUGCUUAUAUCUUGGCUGGCGAGAUUGGGAGACACUGUGGUGGAGAUGCCAGUAAAGGAGGUGAUACCAAAGAUGGUAUUGCGGCCGCGCUCAAGGCCUACGAGCAAAAGUUUCGCCCAUUCAUGAACCACGUACAAAAAGGAGUGGAGGAAAAGUCGAGCUUGGACUCAUUCACGUCAACAUCGUUUGGAAUUGCCGUCAUCAAUUGUCUCGUGGGGAUAGCCUCUUUAUUCAAGGUGAAUAUUGGGAAGUGGAGCCUGAAGGAGACUCUCGAGGGAUGGGAACUCCCGGAGUAUGAAGAGUUGGCACGGGAUUAGGUCAUUAAUGUAAAU